AAAACAAAGAAAUGGCGAAACAGCAUUUUUCCAAGAGAAAUGUGAAAAUUCAGGAAUUGCUGCCGCACCACAUCAAAACAACAUAAAAUAUAAAAGCAACAACACCUACCAAUAUAGAAAAGGCAAAGAAAAAGCAAUAGACUCGCCAAAUUCACUUCCCAAAGGCUCGCAAAUUCCAGAAAAACAAUGGUGA